AUGACGGCAAGGCUGAGAAAGGUCCAAGAUUAUAUAGCACCGCGGUCAACAGGCCAGACGGCGAGGGCCGAGCUGGAUGAGCAGCAGGCAUCCAUGGGUGUAUGGAGUCAUCGUCUGCAUAUCAACGAGUCCUUGCCAAAAGCCGCACGCCUCAGGCCCCGCAAAGAGUACCGCGAAGAUUGGGACAUGAUUUCCAGAAUGGUGUGCCAGUGGUACUCGAAGCGUACCAGACUAGCUAGGGAGGCGUGGGUGGAAGACAAGGAAAGGGGUAACGGCUCGUAUCACGGAGCAAAGCCAGACGAGAGGAGGGCAAAGUAA